AUGGCGAGUUCCACCACCAGCAAUGUUUAUGCCCAUGUCAUCGAGGACGUCAUGAACAAGUGCCGCGAUGAGUUCAUCGACAACGGUGGUCCUGGCGAGAGUGUUCUCAAUGAGCUCCAAGCAUUGUGGGAGUUGAAGAUGAUGCAAGCGGGGGCAAUUGUGGGCCCCAUAGACAGGUCUGCGACACAAAAGGCCGCACCUGGGGGGCCCAUUCCUCCGAAUCCUGUGCAUGACCUCAAUGUUCCCUAUGAAGGCACCGAGGAGUACGAAACUCCCACUGCUGAUUUACUUUUUCCUCCGACGCCAUUGCCAGGGACAGCCCAAACUCCAUUGCCUGGCUCUGCCCAGACUCCGUUGCCUGGGAUGGCCCAGUCUCCUCUCACUGGAAUGUCCGACAGCAGUUCGUUGUAUAACAUUCAUACUGGUGGAACCCCAAUAACCCCAGAUGAGUAUUCAUCUUUGAAUGACAAUGGUGGGAUUCCCAGCACAAAAGCUGGAUCUUCGAGACCUAGCCCCUAUAUGGUAUCUUUUGCAUUAGCUUUUCUUCAUCCUUUUCUUUUUGGGAUGGACAAAACUUUUCUUCAGAAUUUUGAGUUGAGAUAUUUUGUUUCUGAGAUAUUUUUGUCCUCCUAUUCUUUAAAUCUGCAUAGAGGUUUAAACCUGGUUGUUUUAAUAGUUAAUUUUGCAUGA